CCACUCUUUCAUCCACUUGCACCAACAUGAUCUCAUCUACCUAUGCUCUUUAAAUGCUCUCCUAUGUCAAUCUCUCCAUUCACUCAUUGCAGCACCAACAAAGAGCUAGCUUCACAUACAUCAACAAUCACUCUAUUCUUCAGAACUACAAUGAACGGAAAGAAAGGUAGCAGUAUUCGGAUCGACAUUUGCUUGCCGCCAAACACGACACAACAAUCAGAAACCAUGAAGAAAUCUGCCAAUGAUAUUCAUGAUGGCAAAGACGCGAUACCAAUGAGGAAAUUGAUGAUGGAAGUAUGGGAGUUCGUCAUAGAGGACACAAACAGGAUGACCUUUUCCCUCAAGGUUGGCUUGGCUUGCCUCCUAGUCUCCCUUCUCAUUCUCAUCCAGAAACCCUAUCAAGUCUUCGGCACCAACAUCAUUUGGUCGAUCCUCACCGUCGCCAUCAUGUUCGAGUACACAGUUGGCGCCACCUUUAAUCGAGGGUUCAAUCGAGCAUUGGGGAGUUUACUUGCCGGAAUCUUUGCCAUUGUAGUGAUCCAAGUAGCGAUGUCCAGUGGCCACAUUGCAGAGCCUUAUGUCAUUGGUCUCAGCAUCUUCCUCAUCGGAUCGGUAGCCUCGUUCAUGAAGCUGUGGCCGUCGCUGGUGCCGUACGAGUACGGGUUCAGGGUCAUCCUCUUCACCUACUGCCUCAUCAUCGUGUCGGGCUACCGGAUGGGGAACCCCGUGAGGACGGCGAUGGACCGGCUCUACUCCAUCGCCAUCGGCGCCAUCGUCGCCGUCCUCGUCAACGUCCUCAUCUUCCCCAUUUGGGCCGGCGAGCAGCUCCACAAGGAGCUCGUCAGCCAUUUCAACGCCGUCGCCGAUUCCCUCGAAGAGUGCGUGAGGAAAUAUCUGAGCGACGACGGAUCGAACCACCCGGAGUUCUCGAGCACAGUGAUGGACGACUUCCAAGACGAGCCAGCGUACCGCAAGUGUCGAGCCACCUUAAACUCCUCUGCCAAGCUUGAUUCAUUGGCGAGCUCUGCAAAAUGGGAGCCUCCUCAUGGAAGAUUCAUGCAGAUGUUCUAUCCGUGGGGGGAGUACGUGAAAGUUGGAGCCGUGCUUCGCCAUUGCGCUUACGAGGUCAUGGCCCUGCAUGGCUGCCUCCACUCCGAGAUACAGGCGGCUUACAAUCUGAGGUGCACGUUCCGCACGGAGAUUCUCGACGCCACCGACCAGGCGGCGGAGCUCCUCCGCCGCUUGGCCAAGGACAUCAACAACAUGAAGCACAACGUGCAGACGAGCCUCCUCAAGCACGUCCACGGCUCGUCGGAGCGCCUCCAACGCUCUGUCGACGUGCAUUCCUAUCUCUUCACCUUGCGCGGCCACCAAGACGCCUCCCCCCCUUCCAAACCAUCCUCCAGGCUCUCCAAUACCUUCUCAUUUAACAACAAUAACAAUGACGAGGAGACAACAGCGGUGCAAGCUGAGUCAUACCAUGAGAUGAUGAGGAGACAGCAACGGCGGCUCCACUCGUGGCCGUCGAGGGAGGUGGACGGCUUCGAGGAGGAUGCCGCCGCCGGGGCCGACUCGUUCCCGAGGAUGCGCGCGCUGGAGAGCACCGCCGCCUUGUCGUUGGUCACCUUCACUUCCUUGCUCAUCGAGUUCGUAGCUCGGCUCGAUCACUUGGUCGAGGCCGUGGCUGAGCUUGCCAAGUUAGCCAACUUCAGGCAGGACGUGGCAUGCUAAACCCGAAAUGUAACACAAUAAGUUGAUUUCAUGUA